AUGGCGCGCAGACACACACCUCCAGAAAUAGAUCUAAGUCAUUUCGAGCGACCUUCCACAUACUGUGUGCUAGAUGCUAUCAGCCAGCAGCUUGUGCGAGAGCUUUCCGGUUCUUACACCGAUGUCUCCUCAAUAACGUCAAAGGAAUUGUCUGUUUUCUUGGGUUCGUUGAUGAAGUUUCAAAACCAACAUCUUGGCAUUGGAGUUUCUCAGAAACUGUCUCGCUACCCAGUCAAAAUACCAAUAAAAUUGCUAAAGAUCGAACCCGCUCCGACACCGGCAUCACCAGUAUAUCACGUACUGGCAGCUGCUUACAAGUACAAAGCCUUGCACGAAAUACGACGGUGGGAUUGGCAACGAAUCGAUAAAAUAGCAGAACUAAUUACUUAUAUCAGACAAGAACUUGUCAGACGAGGUGUAUUGAAAUACCCGAUAAUUAUGCUUUCGGACGAUAUACAUCCUGAUAAAGGAUUAGAGCUGAUCGGAAUAAUUAGCAGGAUGGGAG